AUGUUUCUGGAACUACGUAUCAAUAUGGCUACUUGUCACUCCUUUAAGCGCUAUUACGAACGAGCCAUAGGGACUUGUUUUACGAUCUAUGUGAUUUCUCACUUACGAAAUUAAAUUAUCAAUGGCGAAAGAUAUAUUCGACGAUACUGAAGCGCACUCUAUACACAAAUGCGUGAUAUCAAAUGUGGACACAAGUGAUGUUUUCUAAAGUGACUAUAUAAUAUAUACAUAUAUGUGCCAAACAGUAUCAUUGUCAGCCAAUGAGAAAAUAGAAUGUAUCACUCUUCUCUUCGGAUUAAAUAUUUGCUAUUUAAAAGAUUAUUGUUUUAUGAAGAGAAUUACAAUUGGCAUCGGAUGAUUUCCCUUGAUAUAAUAAAAAACAGAAAGUAAUUCGUCAUGCUCUAUACGAAUACUCUGAAAUGAUAAUUUUCUGUAGAAAAUAAAAUUCAUGAACUUUAUUACUUUUGUAAUCAACAAUUUAAUUUUCUUUUUAAUUUGUAUAAUAGUAGAUAAUUAAUCUGUAUUAUCGAGUAAAAUAAUUUUUUAAUAAUUUAUUUAUUUAAAAGAAACAGUAUGGAUGUAGAAAUUUUAUCCAAUUACUUGGACACAUAUCACGGACGAGAUAAAAUUUUGAGAACUUUGUCAUAUAUAGCAAAAUUAACUACAGUGGCUACUACAUCUAAAACAACAGAAGCAAAAUUGAAAGUAUUUAGUAGUAAAAUGAGCGAAUGUAGAGUGAUUUUACGUUUAUUAGAUGACUUACCAAUAUUUUAUUAUGCAAGAAAAUAUGGAUGGGGAAAACAGGAAUCUGACUGGUUUAUUAGAAGUAUAGAACUGAUACAAAUUGCCGUGGAUAUGAUCUUUAGUCCUAUAGAGCAUAUCUGUUGGGCUGGAGAGAAUCAAAUUGUUUCGCUUAAUUCUGCCAAAUGGGAUAACAUUACUAUAUGGCUUUGGGUAGUGUCUCUCUACCUUUCUUUAACAAAGUCAUUGAGAAAAAUAAGUCAAUUGAAGUUAAGCAAAUUACAAGGAAAUGAAGUGUGUGCAAACUCAAAUGAAAUAAAUAAAAAAAUUAAGCAUGAUAUUCAAGAAGAAUUAAUAACAUGUCUGUGCUUGAUAUUGGAUAUAAUUUACGCAGUCAGUUAUCUUCCUAGUGGAGUACUUUGGGGCGGAUUUUUAAAAACAUGGCAUGUUGGGGCACUUGGUACUAUAUCCUCUUGUAUUUCUCUUUACCGAGCAUUGCAUAAAAAAAUAAUGCAAAAAAAAAAGUUAUAAUUAUUGGAACAUUGAGAUAUCUCAUCAUGCGAUUAAUGAAUGAUAAGUAAUAUCAUCACUAUUUUGUAAAUUUGUAUAAAGAUGUAUAAUAAAUUGCGUUAUAAUGAAAUGUAGAUAUGAAAACGUAUUUUUAAUAAACUAGAUAAACUAGAA